UUCACUCCUGGGGUGCACAUAGAGGCUAGAAGCAGAAUGGGGCAAGACUUUUGUUUUCUAUCUUGGGGCCUUCCUCCGCCUCCCUCCCCAAGCCUCGUCCUUCCCCCCUUGUGGUUCUAGCCUCUGGUCCUGGAAGGGUCCAUCCUAGGAGACCCUGGAGCUAAGGAAUCUUGGGCAUGGGAGAUGAAGGAUCCAGGAUUCUCCCUCUAUGGGAGUUCUCUGUCUUGGUCUAACGUGUGUAUUUGGCACAGCUGGGCAUUUGGGGUCCUGGAUCUGGAGAUCUGGGGGUUCUAGGGUAUGGUUCUAGAUUCUUGAUCUGGGGGUGGGGUCCUAGGUCUUAGAUACCGGGUGUUGGAUCUGAGGUGGGGCCAUGGCUGGAGGAGGCAGGAAUCUGGAGUGGGUUUAGAGCUUACAGUUGUAUGUGUUUGGGGGUGGGGGGGUUCUUGGUCCUGAACAGUGGGCAGAGUAGAGAGUGCAAGGGGAGGAGCUGAAAGUCAUGAGCACCAGGAACAGAUAUGUUUGUCUCCAGAAAUAGUGACCCUGGGGCUGCCCCCCCCCCCACCUUAUCAGUCUCUGCCCUCAGCCAAUCAGUUGCAGGCAAAGGGGUUAGCUAUAGGGAUCCCAAAGCCCUCAGAGCCACAUCCAGAUGGAGCUAGAUGAGAGGACACAAGGCAGGCUGAACUUGGGGGGACAAAUUGGGCUGCUGAGAUGGCCUCUCUGACAGAGCUUUCCUUACCAUCGGUCAGCAACCUGGCCAGCCUGGGGCUGGGACCCCUGCAGGACACACAGACCAGGAGCCACAAGUGGUGGCAGAUAGAUGAGGCUCCGGAGGUGGAGCUCCCAGGGGCCGGUCACUGGCCCUACCAGGUGAAACAGGAAUACCGGGACACAGGACCCUGGCCUGAGCAAGUGGAGGGGGAUAGAGGGGCGGAGGCGAAUGACCCCUGCUGGGACCUGGAUUUCUUCCUCACCAACUUCCCUGGGCCAGGGCCUGGACCAGGACCAGGACCAGGGCCAGGACCAGGACCAGGGCCAGGGCCAGGAACUGAGCUCUGCCUAGCUUAUCCCUGUAGCCUGUUCCCCGAGGGCCCUGGAUUUGCUGCCGAGCUCCAGGAUCCUAAAGAGCAGCCCAGCUGGGGCUGCUCAGCACCUCGUCCCCUGGCCACUGAGGCAGUGCCCUUUGGAACAAACCCCCUACCUCCAGGCCCCAGCCCUGGUCUCAAAGGCCAGGCAGGGCUGCCCCCAUUCUCCGCUGCCUGCCUUAGGGAAGGAGAGGGCAGCUUCCCUCAGCCUGGGGCUGGCUACCAGGGGCCUCCAGUGAUGACCCCCUAUGGUUUGUUGGGGACAUACUCAGCUUUCUACCCAGCCCCUCACUACCAAGCCCGGUUCCAGCUGUAUCAGAGAGAGCCUGGGCCAAGCUCCAGCCCCGGGCCUGGGCCCUUGGCCUUCCUGGGUCCCCCAGCGCCCCCUGAGCCUGGGGAUGAGGCCUCUAGGCCCAAGCGGAGUCGCCGCCCUUGGGCCAAGAAACGCCAGGCCGCCCACACCUGUGGACAUCCAGGCUGUGGAAAGACUUACACCAAGAGUUCCCACCUCAAGGCCCAUCUCAGAACCCACACAGGGGAGAAGCCUUAUGCCUGCUCCUGGGAGGACUGUGGCUGGAAGUUUGCCCGCUCCGAUGAGCUGACCCGGCACUACCGGAAGCACACCGGACAGCGCCCUUUCCAAUGCCAGCUCUGUUCACGUGCCUUCUCCCGCUCGGACCACCUCGCCUUGCACAUGAAGCGCCACCUGUGAGACCUGAGCCCGGCCUCCAAGGAGGGGACAGAGCCCCGGGCAGAGCCAGGAACAAGCCAUGGGGGUGGAGGGCCACACGCAGAGGCUUUGGGCAGAGCCUGCCGCCAGUCGUGGAAGGAGGCAGAGACACGGAGGGGCCGCAGACAGGAGGAUGCUCUCCCUGGCCCCCAGGAAUCACCGCCAUAUCCUGCCAGGGGCCACGAGCUCCAGCCGGCAGACCCGUGGGGAGCGGUUUGUCCCUGGGACUUCUGCCCUCCCCCUGCCCUUUAGACCCCGUUGUGACUCAGCAUGAGGAACCCCUAUGUUCGCAGGCUUCCCACCAGCCGUCCUGCUGCUCUCCUCAUGAUCACCGGGCCGUGUCUGUGAAUGGUUAAUGCUCCCGGCCGAUCCUCCCCUGGCCCAGUCCGCUCCUUCUCCCCAACCCAGACCCAUGGGAUGGACAGUCGUGGGGGGGGCCCCCAGCCUGCUUUGUAAAGCUGCCUCUUCUCCCUGUUGCUCUUGGAUAAAGUUUGUGAUUCUGA